AUGGCGCUGCGCGCGGCAGUGUUCGACCUGGACGGGGUGCUGGCUCUGCCUUCGCUCACCGCCUCCUUCCGCCGCACGGAGGAGUCCCUGGCGCUUCCUAGAGGCUUUUUAAAUGACGUUUUCAAGAAAGGAGGUUCAGAUGGUUCCAGUGUCCGCCUCAUGAAAGGAGAGAUGACCCUUUCCCAGUGGGUGCCGCUCAUGGAAGAAGAUUGCAGGAAACAUUCCGAGGCCUCUGGAGUCCGCCUCCCAGAGAAUUUCUCUAUAAAUCAAAUCUUUGGGAAGGCGAUUUCAGCAAGAAAGAUCAACCACCCUAUUCUCCAGGCAGCUGUGACUCUUAGAAGGAAGGGUUAUACAACCUGCAUCCUCACCAAUAACUGGCUGGACGAUAGUGCCCAGAGAGGCUGCCUGGCCCAGAUGAUGAACGAACUGAAGCCUCACUUCGACUUCCUCAUAGAGUCAUGUCAUGUUGGAAUGGUCAAGCCUGAGCCUCAGAUUUACAAGUUAGUACUGGACACCUUGCAGGUCAGCCCCAGUGAGGUUGUUUUCUUAGAUGAUGUUGGGACUUAUCUGAAGCCAGCUUGGAAUUUGGGAAUGGCCACCAUCCUUGUCCAUGAUACCAACACUGCCCUGAGAGAACUGGAGAAAGUAACCGGCAUGCAGCUUUUCAACACUGCAACUCCACUGCCAACCCUAUGUAAGCUUAGUGACAUGAGCCAUGGAUACGUGCCAAUAAAGCCGGGGGUCCGUCUGCACUUUGUGGAGCUGGGCACUGGGCCUGUGGUAUGCCUCUGCCAUGGCUUCCCGGAGAGCUGGUUCUCGUGGAGGUACCAGAUCCCUGCAAUAGCACAGGCGGGCUUCCGUGUACUUGCUGUGGACAUGAAAGGAUAUGGAGAGUCCUCUGCUCCUCGAGAAAUAGAAGAAUAUUCCAUGGAAGUUUUAUGUAAGGAGAUGAUAACCUUCCUGGAUAAAUUGGGUAUCUCUCAAGCAGUGUUCAUUGGACACGACUGGGGAGGCAUGCUGGUGUGGCACUUAGCUCUCUUCUACCCUGAGAGAGUCAGGGCAGUGGCCAGUUUGAAUACGCCCUACCUGCCGGUAGAUCCCAAUGUGCCCCUGAUGGAGAAGAUCAAAGCAAAUCCUCUUUUUAGUUACCAACUCUACUUCCAAGAACCAGGAGUAGCUGAGGCUGAACUGGAAAAGAACCUGACUCGGACUUUCAAAGGCAUAUUCAGAAGACAUGAGGAGGUGAAGGGAGGAUUAAUGGUGAAAAUCCCAGAUGAGCCCAGUCUCAGCACAAUGAUAACCGAGGAGGAAAUCCAGUUCUAUGUGCAGCAGUUCAAGAAGUCUGGUUUCAGAGGCCCCUUAAACUGGUAUCGAAACAUGGACAGGAACUGGCAGUGGGGCUGCAAAAGUGUGGGACGGAAGAUCCUGAUUCCAGCCCUGAUGGUAACUGCUGAAAAUGACCACGUGCUCAUUCCAGAGAUGUCCAAACAUAUGGAGAAUUGGAUUCCCCACCUGAAGAGGGGACACAUUAAGGAUUGUGGACACUGGACACAAAUGGAAAAGCCUGCCGAGUUGAAUCAAAUCCUCGUUGAGUGGUUGGAAACAGAUGCAAGAGACCCACCAGUGAUCUCGAAGCUCUAG